AUGGAUAGCAGCAAUUCUAAAGAGCAGGAUCCAAUCCAGGAUCAACAACAUGUUGAUUCAUCAUCUACUGCGGGGCAGAAUGUGAGGGGCUCGGAUGGAGGAGGGAAUGCCACGGACAGGAGUUCGCAUAGUCAGACUACGGAUGAUAAUGUUCAUGAUUCUAAUGUAUGGCACAGUUAUUCGAAUGAUGUUCCUACGUUCAAGCUGGAUUACACUAUCGAUGCAGCUGGUAAUUCUCGUGUUCCCGAGAAAAAGGGAUUCCAUUCUGCAAUAGGACGGAAUGCGGGAUCCUUUGCGCAUAAUCCUCGCCCACCUUUGAGCAGGCCAGUCAAGCCUUCGUUCGAGAGGUCGAAAACUGCGAAUCUAUCGCCCGCUUCCCCUAGAGCCGGAGGGCAAAACUUGCCACAUUUAUCAAACCUUUCCCGGACUACGAGUGCUCUGUCGAUGUCGAGCAUGGCUUCUCACCAUCAGUCGAAGGGCAACCUGAAACCUUCUCGUGCAAGUACUUUUUUCAAAAAGCUCACUAGCAGAAAGUCAUCGCUAGCAGGCCAGACUGCUCCAUCAGAUUUAGACACUGUGUCGAUUAAUGAUGAUAAAGUAUACACAACAGACGGCGACAUUCCACUACCGCAGCAACAGCAUUUCCACGCACCACCUACAAGUGCCUUGAGAAGGAAAAUGAGCACUUUCAUUCACGGUUCUGGAAAUAUGACUAGCGUAUCGCCAUUCACGGCUCUACAUGGUCCCACCUCGAAGGCUGGCACGUCAAAGUCGAAUUUACUAUUAGUCUCUAAUUCAGAGAGCCGGAGAGGAUCAACUUCAAGUGCAACAACAACAGUGAGUAACACUUCAAAUCUAAAUGCCAAUUCAAAUCCUCAACACAGCGGAAGUCAAUUAACAAAGAACACCGCUGAUACUGACCUGAUCAGGACAAGGUCAAGAUCAUCGCAUGAGGCAACAAGUAAAAAAAGUAGCGCAAAUGAUAUAUUCGGUGUUGAUUUGAACUUGCAAAACCUUUCGGAUAUGACAGAUGUGGUAGUUAAUAUGGCACCCUCUGUCCCGGUUACUGCCAGCAAAAUAGAAACACCGGCUCCACUAACACCGAACGAGAAAAACGAAGCGAAUGCUGCAGCUAGAAAACAAUGGACCGCCCCAGAAUCCUGGGAUGUGGACGAAACGGUUGGUUUGGAUGUAAAUAAGAUCAGAGAGAAGCACAAAAACUCUAAGACACACAAUCAAAAGACAAAAAAUCGCCAUAGAAAGCAUCACAAACUUGAUGGAAGUCAGAAAAACAUGUCCAAAAAGCUUGUCGAUCAUAGGAAAUCGGAAGCUGUGAUUCCACAUGUUCAUCACCACGAUUUCGAGGAAGAUGCUUUAUCUCCUCAUACAUCGUCAACUGCAAAGGGCUCCGAUGAUCUUUCUCUGAGCUUGUCAAGGACGUUAAGUUCGGAAUGCGAAUGUUGUAAUACUAUAUCUCCUAACGGAGAAGAUGACUCUGAUAUAACAUUAGACACCCAAUCAGGUAGUUUCGAUGAAGUUGAUUCAGAUAAGAAGUCCUCGAGACCUGGCUCUCCUUUGCCACAGACGAAAAUUGAACAAUAUUCACAGAUCGAUGGUGAAACAGAAUUUGAAGAACAUAUGCUCGAAAAGUAUUACAGUGAUCUAUCGGAUAUUGAUCAAACAAAGAAAUAUGCAAUUAGAAUCUUCAACGUUGAUGACACAUUCACCACCCUUUCUUGUCAUCCUAAUACUACAGUAGCUGAACUCAUCCCCCAGAUCAAGAAAAAGUUUAAUAUUCACCAAGGAAAUUUCCAAUUAUCUUUGAAGGUUGGUAAACUUUCCAAGAUUUUGAGUCCGACUGCUCACCCAAUUCUGAUUCAAAUAAAGCUAUUAUUAUUAAAUGGUUAUAAGAAAAGUGAUCCGCUUCAUAUAUUAGGUUUAGAUGACGUUAGUUUCGUGUUCAGUUUCAAAUUCCAUCCUGUUACUACGUCUCAAUUGACUGCUGAGCAACAACAAAGACUUUCAAAGGGUGAUUUUAUUCAUGUUGAUUUGAGAAAUAUGGAUCUCACGACACCACCCAUUAUAUUCUACCAACAUACUUCAGAAAUUGAAAGUUUGGAUGUUUCAAAUAAUGCAAACAUUUUCUUACCCAUUGACUUUAUUGAAAGUGCCGUCAAGUUGUCAAGUUUGAGAAUGGUAAAUGUUAGAGCUUCAAGAUUUCCUGCGAACAUCACUGAAGCAUGCGAUUUGGUUUCUUUAGAUUUGGAGAGAAACUUCAUAAAACGUAUCCCCGAGUCCAUCUCCAAUUUGUCCAAUCUAACAAUUUUGAAUCUUCAGUGUAAUCAAUUAGACAGACUUCCAUCAGGAUUCAAAAACUUAAAGAAUCUACAACUAUUAGAUAUAUCAUCCAAUGUUUUCACGACUUACCCUGAAGUGGUCAACAAGUGCACAAACCUUUUACAAGUGGAUAUUUCCUAUAAUAAGAUUUCGUCAAUUCCUUCCAGCAUAAAUCAAUUAACUAACUUGGCUAAAAUGAACUUAUCCAACAACAGAAUACAGGCAGUGCCUGAUCUCUCUGGAAUGACAAAUUUACGGACGUUGAAUCUCAAAAAUAAUCGAAUUGCAUCAAUUAAGUCCAAUGCUCCGAACUUACAGAAUUUGUUCUUGACCUCAAAUAGGAUAUCUGUAUGGGAGGAUUCAUUACCUAAAUUGAGAAGUUGUGAUUUGACAGAGAACCCUGUAACAUCAUUUGAUUAUAGAGGAAAUGUGCUGUCCAACUUGACUAGUCUAUCUUUGAACAAAGCAAAACUAUCUAGUUUACCAAUUGAGUUCUUAAAAACAUUACAGAAGCUUGAAAAACUUGAGCUAAAUGAGAACAAUUUAACAAGUCUACCUCCUCAGAUAAAAUAUCUUAAGAAAUUGGUCCAUCUCUCAGCUGCUAACAACAAGCUCGAUAGCGUACCGAAUGAAAUCGAAUUUUUAACCAAUCUCAAGUCACUUGAUUUGCAUUGUAAUAAUAUUAGUAAUUUACCAGCUCAAAUCUCAAAAUUGGAGCUGACAACGCUAAACAUUUCUUCAAAUUUAUUAGGAUAUGACGCAGGCUUCAAUAACUACGCUGAGAGUCCGCUAUCUAAAUCAUUGUUGUUCCUCAAUGUGGCUGACAAUAACCUCAGCGCGGAAAUGCUUCCUUUGUUCAAUUACAACAACAGAUUGAAAAUUAUUAAUUUAUCGUACAAUGACAUUUCUGAUAUUUCUUCAUUGAAUCUUCCAACAUUAACAGAGUUAUACCUUUCUGGUAACAAUAUUACUAGUCUACCUGGAGAAAUCUUCCAAAGAAUGAAAAGUUUAAAGGUUAUUAUGCUCAAUGGUAAUAAAUUGAUGUCUCUACCUUCUGAGCUUUCGCAAUUAACCAAUCUAACUGUUCUUGAUGUCGGAUCGAAUCAAUUAAAAUACAACAUAUCUAACUAUCACUAUGAUUGGAACUGGAUGCAUAAUCACAAUCUAAAAUAUCUAAACUUUUCCGGUAACAAAAGGUUCGAGAUUAAAUCCAUGAUCGGGGCAGAUACUAAAACUGAUCUCUCAGAUUUGACAAUCCUACGUCAAUUAAAAAUUCUCGGUUUGAUGGAUGUUACUAUGAAAACAUCUAAAGUCCCUGACGACGGCGUUAAUUUCCGUCUAAGAACAACUGGAUCUAUGAUAAAUGGCAUGAAGUAUGGUGUUGCUGAUACUCUAGGUAAGAAAAGUUCAGUUUCGACUAGAGAUAUUAAAUAUGAAAGAUUUAGAGGUAAGGAUGACCAGUGUCUUUUCUGCUUAUACGAUAGCGUGAAUGAAAACUCUACUUCUGGUCAUAAAAUUUCUCAGAUUGUCAGAGAUAUUUAUGAUAAGAUUUUGUCCAGAUCUUUGGAUAAAUAUGGGGAUGAUACAGAUGAAAAUAUCAGAACAGCCUUAAGAUUCAGCUUCUUGCAGUUAAACAAAGAAAUUAACAGUAUGGUAGUUUCAAUGGAAAAUGGCUCAAAUCAUGCAGAGUUGACCUCUGUAGACUUGUUAAGUGGUGCAUCUGCAACAGUGGUUUUUUUCAAAGGUGAUUCUGUUUACACGGCAAAUAUUGGUAAUAUUAGAGCGAUUUUGGCAAAGAAUAAUGGUGAUUACGAAAUUUUAACAAGGUUGCAUGUUCCAAUCAAAAGAGAUGAAUACGAAAGAAUCAGAAUUGCAGGUGGUUAUGUCAACAGUAAUAAGUUGGACGGUGUAUCGGAUGUUUCCAGGGCUGUGGGUUUCUUUGACUUACUGCCACAUAUUCAUGCUUCUCCUGAUAUUUCGGACUUUAAAUUGACAUUCUCAGAUCAGAUGAUUAUAAUCGCUUCACAUAAUUUGUGGGAUUACAUAAACUAUGAAACAGCGUCAGAUAUUGCCCGUGAAAAUGGUUCUGAGCCUAUGUUAGCGGCAGAAAAAUUGAAAGACUAUGCAAUCAGUUACGGAUGUACGGACAAGGUAACUGUUGUAUGUAUCAGUCUCGAGAAGGGUGCAACACAAACGAACAGGUUCAAUAUUAGUAAAAAAGAUUUAUUAUCAAGAAAAAACGCCUUUGAAGAUACUUCAUUGAGAAGAUUACAACCAGAAAUCCCACCUCCAACAGGAAACGUGGCUAUAGUUUUCACAGAUAUUAAAAACUCUACUUUCAUAUGGGAACUGUUCCCUGAUGCCAUGAGAACUGCAAUUAAAACACAUAAUGAUAUUAUGAGAAGGCAAUUACGUAUAUUUGGAGGUUAUGAAGUGAAAACGGAAGGUGAUGCAUUUAUGGUUGCAUUCCCAACACCUAUUAGUGCAUUAGUUUGGUGUUUGAGUGUCCAACUGAAGCUUUUAGAAGCAGAGUGGCCAGGUGAGAUAACUUCGAUAAGAGAUGGUUGUCUAAUCACAGAUACAAAUGGGAAUAAAAUAUAUCAGGGACUUUCAGUUCGGAUGGGAAUUCAUUGGGGCUGUCCUGUCCCUGAAGUGGAUGUUGUUACUAAAAGAAUGGAUUAUCUUGGUCCUGUUGUCAACAAAGCUGCCAGAGUGUCAGGUAUUGCCGAUGGUGGACAAGUAAUGUUAAGUAACGAUUUCAUGGUUGAGUUCAAUAAAAUUUUGAAAUAUCAUCAACAGGUUGCUGAACAAAAUACACCUUUAGAUAAGGCGUAUGGUGAAGAUAUCGUGGGUGAAGUCUUGGAGAGAGAAAUGCAUAUGUUGGAUUCAAUAGGAUGGGUAUUCAUUGAGCUCGGAGAACAAACUUUGAAAGGUUUAGAAACAAAAGAACAUGUCACAAUUGCCUAUCCAAAAUCCCUCGAAUCAAGACAUACCUUGGCAACACAAGAUCAAAAGAACAGUGUCAUAUCCGAUGAAUUCUUAUUCCAGAUUCGUUCAGUUUCUAACAGAUUAGAAACCAUUCUCUCAUCUGUCCAAGGAGGAAUAAUUGGUCUUGAUGGGACUAUGAAUGGCCAGUAUACGACAUUUGAUACUCAUACGAAGCAAGCCGUGAUGAAAAAAUCUUCUGAAGCGGACCUGUUAUCCUUUUUGGAUCACUUAGUCACUCGUAUUGAAUCAUCUGUUGUCCUAAUGAAUAUGAGACAGCAAAUUCAAGGUGGACUGCUCAUCUAUAAACCGAAUGAGCAAAAGAAACAAAAGUCUAUAUUCGAGUUAUUAGAUGAUGUGUUAGCAAAGGUAAAAAGUCUCCCUCAAGAAGAUGUGAGUUCUGAAAACACCGAAGGAAAUAAUAUUUCAGAAGUGGACACCAACUCUCAAACAUAA